AUGCUUAACCUGAGCUCCGCCCCCUCUUCCCGGAACGCCACUGCCUCCGCCCGCCGCCGGGCGCUCGGAGGCGCCGAGGCGGACCUCCCUGGGAGGGAGUGCUCCCAGUCCGCCAACGGCCAGAGGUCCCAGGCCCCAGGCAGCCCGCCGGCCUCUGAGGUUCCUGAAGGCGUGGCGGGCAGAGGUAAGUGCGCGUUCAGCCCGUUUCCCCCUGUGCAGGAGCGUCUGAGGAACGGCAGGAUCCCCCGGGAGAAGCUCCGGGGCCCGUCCCCCCACCAGGCAGGGGAAGAGGCCGGGCCCUCUGGGAAGCGGCAGAAGAACGGGGGCCGCUGUUUCCCCAACCAGAGGCUGACCGCUGAGCCCGAGCUGGAGGAGAAGCUGUUGGAUAGCAGAGAUGAGCCGUCCCAGGGCUCCCUCAGCGGCCCCCAGCGAGACCCACCAGAGCCCCCCGGGCCCCACCCCUUCCCCAAACCUGAGCUGGCCAUGACACAGAGCCUCACUCUCAUCAGCUCAGAGAACUGGCAGGAGAAGAUGGAAGGGCUCACGGUGCUGCGCAGUCUGGCCCAGAACCACGUGGACACGCUGCUCCCCAGGCUCCGCGACGUCUGCCUCGCCCUCGUGCAAGAGGUGAAGAACCUGCGUUCGGGCGUGUCCCGCGUAGCCGUGUGCACGCUGGGCGUCCUGUACUGCCACCUGCAGCGGGCUAUGGACAAGGAGGUGGACACCACGGCCAGGGCGCUGCUGCACAAGGCGGCCGAGAGCAACGCCUUCAUCCGGGAGGAAGUGGACGCAGCGCUGGGCCACAUGGUGCGGCACUGCACGCCGGCACGCUGCAUCAACGCCUUCCUGGACGGGGGUUUGAGCCACCUGAGCGCGGCGGUGAGGAAGUGCGCCGCCCAGCACCUGGCCGACCUGCUGGAGAGGGUGGGCGUGGCCCGCCUGCUGUCCGGAGGGAAGGAUGUGACGGACAGAAUCCUCCCGGCCGUGGUCAAGCUGGCCCUGGACUCCUCCCCGGAACCCAGGCACGUAGAGCCCCCGGUGGCUUCCUGUGUUGGCUGGUCCUUUGGCCGCCGGAUGUUGGUGUUCCUGUCCUCCCACCGGGACUUUGAUAGCCUGCUGGAGAAGAACAUCCCCACCAAGGACCUUUCCGCCGCCCGCAAGGCGGUCAGUGGACUCAAGGCAAAGGGUCAGGGUCAGGGUCAGGGUCUGGGUGAGACGCCCCAGACCCCAGCCUCGCUUCCCGGCAGUGGCACCGCCAGGGCCUCGACGCUCCAAAGGAAGCUCCCCAAACCGACCAUAGCCCCCAGCCCCACCACCACCACUGCCACCCCCACCAACACCGCCACCACCACCCCCAGGGAGCCCAACUGCAAGUACAGCUCCAAACCUCAGGGGCCCAUCAUCGAAGACAAGUUUGAGUACAUCAGGCAGCUCACCGUUCUGCUGGAGUCCAAGGACUUCAGGGAGCGCAUCAAAGGCCUCGACCAGCUGGUGGCCGACUGCCAGCACAACCCCAGCAUGGUCAUCCGCAGCCUGUUCCCGGUGUUUGACCUCUUCAGAGACCGCCUGCUGGAGUCCAACCGUAAGGUGAACCUUUACGCCCUGGAGGCCCUGCAGGGGAUGGUGCGCCUGCUGAAGGACAACCUGUCCGGGGUGCUCAACCACCUGGUGCCCGCCAUCGUGGACAACCACCUCAACUCCAAGAACCGCGCUGUGUACUCGGCCGCCACAGGGGCCCUCUGCGAGCUGGUGCUGAACCUCGACAACAGCCUCCUCCUUGAGCCGUUCUGCUUCAAGGCACGGGUUCUUAGCGGCCAAGCAAAGGUGGACCUGAUCGAGAAGGUUGCAGAGCUGGUGAUGGAGCUGUACCCCCGCCGGCCCCAGAUGGUGGAGCAGAAGGCGCUGCCCCUGCUGUGGGGCCUGCUGGGCCCGUCCAGCGGCAGUGUGCACCGGGCGACUACCAGCCUGUGCCGAGCCCUCCACCAUCAGAUGGGGCCCGGCCUGCGGCAGAGCGCCGCCUCCCAGCCCCCGAGCGUCGGCAGGGACCUCAACCAGCUGCUGAGAACCAUGUCCUGAAUAAAA